CUACAAUUCAAAGAGUCCUGCUAUUUCUUUGAGCACCAAAAAAUGGACCAAGAGCUGGCAGAGAGAAGAUGUUACAAGCAAGGAGCUACACUAUUCGUUGCCAAUACACUCGAAGAAUGGAACACCGUGCUGAAAAGAUCUACGAUCAAUUUUUGGACAUGGAUUGGUCUGGUUCAGAUGGACGACAUGCCGACGCCCAAAUGGCAGACCAGCGGUGCCAUCCAGCUCUCAAAACUUAAUUGGCUGCUAUCACCAUAUCAAGUUGGAUCAAAUGGAUGGUCCACGUUUUCUCAGUGUGCAGCCCAUUUCAACUCUCAAUUGAAAACCUCAUCGUAUAUGUAUUUCUAUCCUUGUACCUUACAAUUUGCAUCAAUUUGCGAACGAAAUUCCUCUUCAGUGUACCGUUUGUAA